AUGUCGUCGACUUCAAACCUCCCAUACACCUGCAACACCUGUCUUGUUGCGUUCCAUCGAAGCGAUGCACAGAGAGAUCAUAUGCGCAAGGACUGGCAUUUAUACAACAUGAAGCGCCGCAUCGCCUCUCUGCCACCUGUUUCUUUGGAAACCUUCAAUGAGAAGGUUAUUGCUGCCAAGGCCACGUCCACUGAGGCUGCCGCCAAGGCCUCCUAUGAGAAAACCUGUCACGCUUGCCAAAAAGCAUUUUACAGCGAGAACUCCUAUCAGAACCACAUCAAGAGCUCGAAGCACAAGCAGCGCGAGGCUCGUCUGAAUAAGGAAGGCGACAGCGCCUCGGUCAUCAGCUCGGCAUUCUCUAUUGGCGAUCCUGUCGGCAAAUCGCAUGAUGGUGAUGUUUCCAAGGUCAUCGAUGGUCUUAAUGCCACUACGAUCAACGAAGAAGAGGAUGAGGACGAAGAUAUGGAAACCGCCCCCACCCAAAAUGAUUUCUCCUCAUCUCAGUGUCUCUUCUGCCGGACUGAAUCCACUGAUAUCAACGCCAACGUUGAUCACAUGUACAAGGUACACGGAAUGUUUAUCCCAGAACAAACCUACUUGGCCGAUCUGGAGGGCCUGGUCCACUAUCUAUUCCGCAAAAUCUCCGAAAACCACGAAUGUCUCUACUGUCACGCCGUACGAAACAAUGCCGACGGCGCCCGGACCCACAUGCGCGAUAAGGGCCAUUGUAUGAUCGCAUUCGAAGCCGAUGAGGAGCAGGUUGAAAUUGGCCAGUACUACGAUUUCCGCAGCACCUAUUCAGAUAACGAAGACGAGGACGAGGAUGAGGACGAGUCUAUGCCCGACAGUGGUGCUGUUAAGACAUCUGAAGGCGACGAUGCUGGCUGGGAAACCGAAACCUCUGCUUCUUCCAUCGAAGACAACGAAAGCAGCUCUCACAGGAAAGCCCCACUCAUCUACCAGGAUGAAUACGAGCUUCACUUGCCAUCCGGCAGAAGUGUUGGUCAUCGCUCGCUGGCUAAAUACUAUCGCCAGAAUUUGCACAACUACCCUACCGCUGAAGAGCGUGCUACUCGCAUGCUUGCCAUUCAGAAUGGAGAAAUUGAGGAAGAUGAAAAGCCUCGUGGCCGCAACCACAAUCGUGCUCUUGUCACCCGUGCCAACGGCGGCACAGGAAUGAUCGGUGUCACGGAUUCCGAAAAAGAAACCAUUCUUGUUACUGAACGCCGUGAGAGAACUCGCGCCCUUCGACAAGAAAACCGUUAUGCGGCCCGACUCGAAAGAGCCAACAACUCACAGAAACACUUCCGGGACCCUCUCCUGCAGUGA